AUGGAUGAUAGUACCGGAGAGAUGAACUUGUUGCAUUAUUUGUCCCGUACCCAAAUUCAACUUCCUUCACGAGAUAACUUAAUGACUUCUAAUGGUCUCGGAGAUCAUGAAGUGCUCUGGAACCUCAUGGAGAACGCUAUCUUAUCUGCAAGUCCUUCCGUUACCUCAGAUUAUGUACUCGUGGUCAACUAUCACGCAGAUAUUAAUCGUUUGGCUUUCUGGAGACCUGGAGAUCUCAAUUGGACAAAUAUUGAGAUGAACAAUUUGGGUGCUGUCAUGGGUAUGAAUUAUUAUAAGGGUAAAUUCUAUUAUGUUACAGCUCGUGGUGAAUUUUGGGUUUUCGAAGUUCCAGGGCCUGCUACUCCCAAACCAAACGCAGUAGAGCAACACUUGCUUUAUUGGUCCGAAGACGAUAUAUUUCUUCAGCAUUCAGUUCAAUAUUACCUGGUCGAGCUAUCAGAUAAACUAUUAUUUAUUACCCGAUUUGCUCAUUAUCCAGAGCUUCAUAGAUAUAAGACCUAUAAAUUUAAAGUCUUUGAAGUAGAUGUAAUCAAGGGCGAAUUAAAGGAGGAAGAUGAGAUUAAAACCUUGGGAGAUUCAGCUAUUUUUUUGGGCUUUAAUACAGGAACAUGUUCAAUUGACUCUUCUAAAUUUCCUGGAAUCAAGCCUAAUUAUAUAUAUUUUACUGACGAUUGGUAUGAUAAAUUUAGCUAUUUUGAUGGUGCUGGUAGAGAUAUGGGGGCUUACAAUUUUGAAGACGGAGAAGUUGAAUCUAUAUAUCCUGGAUUGUCACUUAGUCAUAUUUCUCCGCCUACUUGGAUUAUACCAUCACAAAUAAUGUGA